GUUAAAGGGUUCCGUUUUGAAGUAUGUAGAGAUUUGUUUCAGUAGCAGCCAUGAACAUUUGUUUGAUACCAUUCGAUGGCGAGAGUGAAAAUAAUAAUGUUCCUUUCCACCUCACGAUUAUGGCAUGUCCAUUGGGCUCCAUCCUCGUCUGGAUAGAUACGUAGCUUGAAAGCUGAAGCCCUUUUGUUUGAGCCCUGCACAACACAUCAUUUUUGGUAACAUCCAGCAGAUCAAAAUAUGCCAUGUAAUAGAAGACGGAACUGGAAACGGAAGGUUAACUGGACCCACACCAGCCACCUAAGCGGGUCAACGCUUAGAGUGUGCUGGUUAAGCCAGGCCCACACUGAAGCAAAAAUGGAUUUUUUUAUACUCAUGACAUGUGGGAGUGUCUGAGACAAACAUGGCCACUCCCACUGACUUCGGUUAUAUUAAAAAUAGACAAUCUUGCAGUAUUUGAACGCAUCCCAUAUUCGAUCAAUUACUUUUACUUUGCUUGGAAGGAGAGUUGCAGCAAGAUGGUUGGGUCUUCUGCUAGAUCUGCAUUGGAGGAAAUGUCAAAUAAUGGGGAGUUUAUACGCACUCCAUCAAGUUUUCGUAAUUUCAUUUCAAGGGAUAAAUCAUCUGAAUACUAUGCAGAGUCUGGUAGAUACCACCUCUACAUAUCAUAUGCAUGUCCUUGGGCAUCCAGAUGUUAUGCCAUCUUGAAACUGAAGGGGCUGGACGAUGCUAUUAGUAUCUCGUCAGUAAAACCGAAAUGGGAAAGGACAAAAGAGGGUGAGGAUCACUUUGGCUGGACAUUUCCAAAUUCUGAAGAUGAAGAUCCUGGAGCAAUACCAGAUAUUUUGAAUGGAGCCAAAACCAUACGGGAAUUAUAUGAACUUGCUAGCAGCAAUUACUCUGGAAAAUAUACUGUUCCGGUGUUAUGGGAUAAAAAGCGUAAGACAAUAGUCAACAAUGAGAGCUCUGAAAUCAUCCGUAUGCUGAACACUGAAUUUAAUGAUAUUGCAAUAUAUCCAAAUCUUGACCUAUAUCCACCUCAUCUGCAAACCCAGAUUGAUGAAGUUAAUAACUGGAUAUAUAAUCCAAUAAAUAAUGGAGUUUACAGAUGUGGAUUUGCUACAAAUCAAAGACCUUAUGAGCAGGCUUUUAAUGAAUUAUUUGAUGCUCUUGACAAAUGUGAGGAGAUCUUGAGCAAUCAACGAUACAUCUGUGGAAAUGUUUUCACAGAGGCUGAUGUACGUUUGUUUGUAACACUUAUUCGGUUUGAUGAGGUGUAUGUAGUUCAUUUCAAAUGCAACAAGAAAAUGAUACGUGAAUAUCCCAAUCUUUUCAAUUACACAAAAGAUAUCUACCAGAUUCCAGGAAUUUCAAGUACUGUCAAUAUGGAUCACAUCAAGCGUCACUACUAUGGAAGCCACCCUUCUAUUAAUCCACAUGGAGUUGUUCCUCUUGGAUCUGGCAUUGACUAUUCUACUCCUCAUGAUCGUGCAAAGUUCACUAAUUAAAAUUCUAUUUGUAAUUUUAUUCUGGAAUUUCGGUUAACAUUGCUAAACCACUAUAUACUAUGGUGUUACUAUUAAAGGUAAAAUAAUUAGAUUUGAAUCA